AUGAUGUUCAAAGCAAUUUUGCUCGGCCUCGCGGCACUGCCAAACUUCAUUUCUGCAUCCUACUACGACGAAGCUGAGCUUGAGUGGAAUUUGAACGCGAACCCGGACGCUGCAACUCCCCUCGAAUACCGUGUCCCCGAUUGGCCAGCCGAUUUUACCCAUCACUCAAGUCCUGAUAAUUGGCGAUUCCCAUUCUACAGCUUCUUCCUCGACCGGUUCGUCAAUGGCGAUCCGACGAAUGAUAACGCCAACGGCACCAACUGGGAGCAAGACCCGAAGCAAACCCAGCUCCGUCACGGUGGCGAUAUCAAAGGCGUGCAAGACUCAUUGGACUACCUUCAUGGCCUGGGAAUUCGCGGCAUCUACCUCGUGGGCAGUCCAAUGAUCAACAAACCUUGGGAAGCCGAUGGCUACAGCCCAAUCGAUCACACAAUUCUCGAUCAUCAUCUUGGCAACAUCGAAGAUUGGCGCGCCGCAAUUAAAGCCAUUCACGACAAGGGCAUGUAUGUCCUAUUGGACAACACAAUGGCCACCAUGGCCAAUUUAUUCGGUUUCGAGGGUUCGUACAAUUCGAGCGCGGAUUUCUCCUUCACGGAACACGACAUGAAUUACAUCUCCAAGACAACCUAUCGUGAUUUCUACGUCUCCAACGAAUUUGAGGAGGAAUGUAGCUACGAAUACCCUCGCUUCUGGGACCAAGGUGGCGGUCGAAUCAUAGAUAACAACACCAAUGCCAUGGUGGGUUGCAUGGACAGCGAGUUCAAUCAAUUCGGUGACGUGGGCGCCUUUGGAGUCUAUCCCGAGUGGCAAAAGCAGCUGUCCAAAUUCAACGGUGUCCAGGACCGACUUCGAGAUUGGAGACCUUCAGUACUGGACAAGAUCAACCACUUUUCCUGCAUGAUGAUCCAAGGGCUCGAUAUUGACGGUUUCAGAAUCGACAAGGCCAUGCAAGUAACCGUCGAUUCGCAAGGAAACUGGUCUCACUACCAAAGGGAGUGCGCAGCUGAAGUUGGAAAGAACAACUUCUUCAUCCCGGGCGAAAUUGUGAACGGAAACGCCAACGGAGCCAUCUAUCUCGGACGUGGCAAGGAGCCUGACAUGGCCGUGAAAAACAUUACCAAGGCUGUCACGUCCAAUGACACUGAGUACAUUCGCGACGAGGGUUAUCAAGGAUUGGACGCUGGUGCCUUCCAUUAUUCGACGUACCGUGCUCUCAUGCGCUUCUUGGGACUAGAUGGCAAUCUCCUGGCUGCCAAUGAUGCCCCCGUGAACUUCGCCAAUCAAUGGCGAUCUUUCAUGGAAACCAACGACUUGAACAAUGCUUACACUGGCGUGUUUGACCCUCGACACAUGUACGGCGUGUCCAACCACGAUGUUUUGCGUUGGCCUGGCCUGGAGAAUGGCACGGAGCGGCAGCUACUGGGCGAUUUCGUUAUAUCUCUCCUGAUGCCAGGAAUCCCCAUCAUCACCUGGGGAGAGGAGCAAGCUUUCUAUGUUCUUGACAAUACCGCCAGCAACUACAUCUUUGGUCGUCAACCAAUGUCCUCAGCUCAGGCUUGGCAGAUGCACGGUUGUUACAAGGUUGGCAACAUCAACUUGCAUAACUGGCCUGUCAACAGCUCGCUUGUCGGCUGCCAGGACGACCAAGUCAGCCUAGAUCACCGAGACUCUUCCCACCCAGUCUACAACGUGCUGAAGCGCAUGUUCCAACUCCGCGACGAAUAUCCUGUCCUCCACGAGGGCUGGAACGUCCAACAACUGUCCAAUCAGACUUUUAACUACACUCUGCCUGGAUCGUUUGGUGUUCCGACGGAGACCGGUCUCUGGAGUGUUCUACGAGGACGAAUGGAGGGUGUACAAGACUUUGAAGGAGAAGGUACGUUUGGAAAUCAAGGCAUAUGGCUCCUGUACUCCAACUACAACGGUUCCCGAACAUACGAGUCCGACUGCCAAGGCGACGACGCCAUCAUAUCGCCCUUUGACGAAGGGACGACGGUCAAGAACCUGUUCUAUCCAUUUGAUGAGUGGGAUCUGGAGAAGUCUAACGUGACUUUGGGAAUUGAGGGCUCCGAACUUCAGAAUGGGUGCGUUUCGAAGAUGAACAUGACCAAGUACGGCUGGAAGGCAUUCGUUCCCCGUGAGAACUGGACCACUCCAGCUCCAGUCCUGACGGGCUUCUCGCCGGGCCACGAUGUAAGGAUCCUGUCGGAUACCCCGGCAUCCGAAGCCUCUGUUCUGGAUGUCGAGUUCCGCUUUUCGGACAUGAUGGAUUGCGACUCAUUCAAGGACUCAAUCACCAUCGAGUCGACAACUUCCGGCAAGGAGCAAGCCGAGAUCGACACGUCUGCCAUCGACUGUCUCACGAUCGAUCCUCAGUUCGAAGCGUACUACUACGGCCCAAGCCCGUCAAUCUGGCGAGCUCGGGUACCCCUGAAGAAUGUCUACGACGGUGUCCAUGUGCUCAGCGUCAACGAUGUCAAGAGCCAGUCCUCGAACAAGUCGACAUCGUCCAACGAUCACUUCAUGUUCAGGAUCGGGCAAGCCGAUAAUCCCAUCAUUUUCCCCAAGACUGCCAAUAUCAGCACGUCUCUCCUGUACAAGGACGACGGGUCUGGUGCCGCACUCGAAAAGCGGGAUGCAGAAAUUACGAGCUCCGGCUUGAUGGUCAAUCACAUUGCCGCUGGUGCUGAUAAGUGGCGCUUUACCAUGUCUUUCGGUGGCGUAUGGUCAGAAUGGUACGAUUACGUUCCAGGAAAUGUCUCGUUGCCUUCGCAAACAUGGAGUGGGAGUAAGCUGCAGAAAUGGUCCGGAGACCAUGUACAAGUCCAGUACUGGUCCAAGAUGGCUGGAAGCAGCCAGCAUGUCGUCGAAGGCGAUCUUGUCGGUACCAACAAUGUUCCCCGGCGAUUCCCCCAUCUCUUCGUACAUGGAUCAUUCAACCAAUACGGAUAUGACUCGGGUCUUCCAAACCAGAUGGCCCAACUUGACAAUGGAACCUGGUACUUUGACUUCUUGACCGAAUGGCCUUCGCAGUUCCAGCUCAACGUGUGGGGUAUGGCCGCGAACGGCAAGCCAGACAUCAGCUACGCAAUGGGUGAUGUUGACAACGAUACUGUCUUGGACCGAAUCUCACCAGUAUCGCUCCAGCAACUCGUGACCAACAUCACCAACCAAGGACCGCACUCUCCUUACUUGGCCUACCGAAUUCUCUUCAACGACGGUGACUUCAGAUACUCACUCGUGCCGGUGGGAAACAGAUACACCCAGCUCGUGCUAUGGCUGCUGCUUGGAAUCAUUCCCAUCCUCACAGCAGUGGCUGGUGUAUGGGCCUACAUGCACUUCUUUUWCGGAGUCAAGUUCAAUCAGAUCGGCCUUUCUGAGAAGAAGUCCAUGCUCCCCAUGGCCGCACUCGGCAAGAUCUUCAAUCGUGAAAAGGAGGAGAAGCCCAGUGAAACGUCCUCUUCAACAGCACGUGGAUCCCCCAACCUGGAUGCAGCCGGUGUGUCAAUGGUCCGCGAGGCUUUUGCAGGUACCGGACUCUCGACCGAGCGUCGCACUGUUCUGAUUGGCACCAUGGAGUACGAUAUCUCUGAUUGGAACAUCAAGAUCAAGAUUGGUGGUCUCGGCGUCAUGGCUCAGCUCAUGGGCAAGAAUCUGGAACAUCAAGAUCUCGUUUGGGUCGUUCCUUGCGCCGGUGGUAUCGACUACCCCGUCGACACUCCUGGUCUACCCAUUGAUGUCACCAUCCUUGGCCGCACCUACGAAGUGCAAGUCCAGUACCACAAGCUUAACAACAUCACCUAUAUGCUCCUUGAUGCCCCGGUAUUCCGCAGACAGACCGCAAAGGAGCCUUACCCGGCUCGUAUGGAUGACUUGGACAGUGCCAUCUAUUACUCAGCGUGGAAUCAGUGUAUCGCUGAGGCUAUGCGACGAUUCCCAAUUGACCUGUAUCACAUCAACGACUACCACGGCACAGUCGCACCACUCUACUUGCUACCGGAUACGAUCCCCUGCUGUCUCUCGCUCCACAACGCCGAGUUCCAAGGACUUUGGCCGAUGAGGAACCCUCGUGAGGUUGACGAGAUCUGUUCCGUAUUCAACCUCCCCAAGACGGUUGUACAGCGAUACGUCCAGUUCGGUGAAGUCUUCAACUUACUCCAUGCCGGUGCGAGCAUUCUCCGUGUACAUCAAAAGGGCUUUGGGGCAGUUGGUGUCAGCAAGAAGUACGGCAAACGCUCAUGGGCUCGAUACCCCAUCUUCUGGGGUCUGAAGAAGAUUGGAGCGCUGCCCAACCCAGAUCCCUCAGAUCUUGCCGAGUGGGACAAGAAGCUCUCCAACCCUGAUGAAGUCCAAGUCGACCAGGUCUUCGAAAGCUCACGUGCUGGCUUGAAGCGACAAGCGCAGGAGUGGGCUGGUCUGGAACAGCGCGCCGACGCCGAUCUGUUCGUCUUCGUUGGCCGUUGGUCAAUGCAGAAGGGUAUUGAUCUCAUCGCUGACGUGUUUCCGGCUGUUCUCGAGCAAUACCCACAAGUUCAACUGUUGGCCAUUGGCCCCACCAUCGAUCUUUACGGCAAAUUUGCUGCGUUGAAACUCGCGAGAAUGAUGGAGAAGUACCCAGGCCGAGUCUACUCAAAGCCCGAGUUCACUGCGCUUCCACCGUUCAUCUUUAGCGGAGCAGAGUUUGCCCUCAUUCCCAGCCGAGAUGAGCCUUUUGGCUUGGUUGCCGUGGAGUUCGGUCGUAAAGGUGCGCUCGGUGUCGGUGCACGCGUUGGAGGUCUUGGACAAAUGCCAGGAUGGUGGUACACUAUCGAGUCAUCUGGAACGAAACAUCAGAUGCAUCAGUUCAAGAUGGCCAUCUCCGCGGCUUUGAAGUCCGAUUAUGAGACUAGGUCGGUCAUGAGAGCACGAUCCGCUAAGCAACGAUUCCCUGUCGCUCAAUGGAAAGAGGACCUGGAAAUCCUGCAAGGCACUUCCAUCCGAAUUCACAAGAAACGUAUGGAGUUCAUCACUGCCAAGCGCAUGGGACUGGAAGAUCGCAGCGGAACAUCCAGCGGAUGGAACACACCGGGUUGGAUGACGCCUCGAAGUGGCUGGGCUACUCCCACUGGUAGCCGUCCAAACACUCGCCCUUCCUCUCCAAAUCGGUCGGGUACUACAACUCCUUCCUCCAGCGCACUGCCACCGGGUACGCUAUCGCUGGGAAUGCACCAUGGACCUGGCCAUUCCCCAACCGAAAGCACACGAUCUCAACGCCGCAGUCCCUCGCAGACCACUGCUGUAUCCCGGCGAAAUUCCAUUGAGGAGCAAGACCAGAAUCGAACUAAUCGUGCAACGGACGAAGAGUAUAUCAGUCGUGAAGUCGCAGAAGAGUCCAAGAGACGGUCUCAGAUUGGCGCUUUGGCCUCUGAUAUGAACUAUGGACUUCGCGACGGAACACGCCAAAAUGACCCAAGCCCGCCCAACAAAGCGCACAACCCAUACUUUCCCAAAUUCGCAGCAUCCACUCCCAGCGGCUCAAACACGCCUAACGGCGGCCAGAGCUAUCCAUUCCUCAGUCGUCCACACACACCCGUGCGCGACGACGCUCCGAGCAUCCCACAGACACCAUUGGCUACGGAAACAGUCAUGGACGAGAAGAAGAACCAGCCGCAGGACCUCACCCCUUUCUUCACAGAUCCGACAGGCUUGUACUACAAGACCUUUGACAAGAAGUUGGAUGCGCUUGACGGCAAGAAUUCGGAAACUCAGUUCUGUAUCGAAGAAUAUCUUGAGAAAUCGGAGAAGCAGUGGUUCAGUCGGCUCCACGAGGCCAAGAUGAGUCGUGCCAACACACCGAGCGCUUCCAGAGCUGUGACGCCUGCGGGAUCCAUAUACGAGGGCCACAACACCGACGAGUCUCUCGCUCAAUUCCUGCUCCCCGAUAAUUACAAGCCUCCGACCGGCAUUCGACGACUGAUGUUGUUCAAGGUCGGCGACUGGCCGCUGUACUCACUACUGCUUGCUCUUGGUCAGAUCCUGGCUGCAAACUCCUACCAGAUCACCCUCAUCACUGGCCAAGUUGGACAGACAGCUGGCCAGCUCUACACGAUUGCUUGCAUCUACUUUGCAACGACCUUGAUCUGGUGGUUCUUAUUCAGACGUUUCGCUUCCCGCUGGUGCAUGAGUCUACCAUGGGCAUUCUAUGGUCUCGCAUUCUGGCUCCUAGCAUUCGCGCCUUACGGUUCUGCCUUCUCGGCCAAGUGGGUUCAAUACGUUGCAACCGGCUGCUACGCCGUUGCAUCCUCCUCAGGAUCUCUCUUCUUCGCUCAGAACUUCGGAUCACUCGGCGCCGCACCUGUAAAGGACUGGGCAUUCAGAGCUUGUGCGAUUCAAGGGACCCAGCAGCUCUACGUCGUUGGAAUGUGGGCAUGGGGUAACAAGCUCACCAAAGCGAAUCAACAAGGAAUGUCCACAGGCCUGGGCACGACCAUGACUGCAAUCGGAAUUCCAAUCUCGAUAUUCCUGUGGGCGAUUGGACUGAUUCKGUUCUUCGGACUUCCAGAUUUCUACCGCCAAAAGCCAGGUGCCGUGCCAGAUUUCUACACCUCCGUCUUCCGACGAAAGAUCAUUGUCUGGUUCCUGGUGGCCACUUUCGUCCAAAACCUAUUCCUGUCGGCACCUUAUGGAAGAAAUUGGUCUUACCUGUGGAGUUCGGAUCAUGCCCCUGGCUGGGCAAUCUUCCUCAUGCUGAUCCUCUUCUUCGUCAUCGUGUGGGCUGGCGUGCUAUUCUUCUUUGGCCACCUUUCCAUCACGCACAGCUGGAUCAUUCCGAUCUUCGCGAUUGGAUUGGGCGCGCCCAGAUGGUGCCAGAUUCUCUGGGCCACUUCGAACAUUGGUCAAUACUUGCCAUGGGCUGGUAGCCCUGUCGCGUCUGCGAUGCUCGGUCGUGGACUGUGGCUUUGGCUUGGAGUGUUGGACUCCAUCCAGGGCAUUGGCUUUGGAAUGAUCAUCCUUCAGACCAUGGCUCGAUUCCACUGCUCGUUCGCAUUAAUGGCAGGACAGUGCAUCGGUGCGGUUGCCACAAUUAUUGCACGCGCAGACGGCUUGAACUCGACAGGCCCAGGCCCAACCUUCCCAAGCUUCGCAGCCGGUUGGACCGACGGACUUUCAGAACCCUGGUUCUGGGUCUGCCUACUGCUGCAGCUCGGAAUUUGCGUCGGCUACUUCACCUUCUUCCGCAAGGAACAGUUGACCAAGCCUUGA